AUGGUAAAAGCAGAGCUUCUUACACCACAGUCAUAUGCAGAAAAGGGUGAAAGUGGUAACUAUUGUUGUUAUCACAAUGAAGAGGGACAUAAAGUGCAAGAAUGCUCUGUAUUCAGGACAUUAGUCCAGCUGAUGAUGGACCAGAAAGAGUUGGAGGAGUUUUACGAAGAAGUUCAGGAUUCCCUGGAGAGGCCAGAGCUAUGGUUAAAUAAUCAGAUCAAACGCGCAAAUUCAGAUUCAACGCUACUAAUGGCUUCCAACCCCAAGCUCAUUCUAACGUUGCUCGGCCUUCUCAUCACCACCACCACCGUCGCAACGGCUUACACCAACCACACCGUUGGCGGUGACGCAGGCUGGUUCUUCCAGUCCGUCACUAACACGUCCGCCACUAAUUACACUUCUUGGGCCACUAAUCAAACUUUCAAUCUUGGCGACUAUCUCAUCUUCAGGACCAGUACAAAUCAAACGGUGAUCCAGACCUACAAUGAAACGACGUAUCGGAACUGUACAACGGACGACGCUUUGGGCACCGAUACCUUCCAAUACAAUGGCGGCAACACAGACUUUGACCAAGCAAUGACCGUCGCGGUUCCGUUGACCAUCGAGGGUGCAAACUACUACUUCUCCGACGGUGACGAUGGUGUUCAAUGCCAGCACGGCUUGGCAUUCGAGAUCCUCGUCCGUCACGGCAAUGGGUUGCCUCCAAGCCUCAACCAGCCUCCUCCUCCUCCCUACGUCGAGCCUCCUAGUGACACAGCUCAGUCUCCUCCGGCCACGAUUAACGGCGGGACACCGUCGUUGAAUAACGACGCAGUCGGCUGCACUGACACAAGAGCGAUACUGUAUUCAGUUUUCUUUGGUGUUACAAGUUUGAUGAUAACUUUCAUGUGCUAAAC